AUGUCAAUUCAAACCAAAAUUUCAUUUUUAUUCAAGUCAACACCCGUAAAACGUUCGUUGAGUCAAUCACCACAGAAGUCUCCUAAGAGUAGAAAAAUAGAAAAUCCUCCAGUUGCUUCAUCUCCUUCCUCAGAUCAGUUGGCCCAAGCAGAAGAGAAUUGUAUAAAGGAACAAAAUUCUCCAGUUGCUUCAUCUCCUUGCUCAAAUCAGUUGGCUCGAGCAGAAGAUAAUCGUAUAAAGGCACUUGCAAAACUUCACCAGACCCGUACCCAAGGUCUGUUUGUGAAUGUUGGUCCAUCAUGGAUGAAAGUGCUUGAACCAGAAAUCAAAAAGGAAUAUUUUAAGUCACUUUGCAAAUUUGUUGCUGCUGAAAGAAAUAAAUAUACAAUCUACCCACCAACAAAUGAAGUCUUUUCAUGGACCCGAAUGUGUGCAGUCAAAGAUGUAAAGGUUGUGAUCAUUGGACAAGAUCCAUACCAUGGCCCAAACCAGGCACAUGGUUUAUGUUUUAGUGUAAAAUCUGGUGUUUCCAUUCCUCCAAGCUUGGUGAAUAUGUAUCAAGAACUCUCAAAAGACAUUCCUGAAUUUGAAGCUCCAAAACAUGGAACUUUAAUUGGCUGGGCAAAGCAAGGUGUUUUAUUGCUAAAUGCUUGCUUAACUGUUAGAGCAUCCCAGGCUAAUUCUCACAAGGACAAAGGAUGGGAAAAACUAACUGAUGCUGUAAUCAAGUGGUUGAAUGACAACUGUUCGGCUCUCGUCUUUAUUUUGUGGGGAUCAUAUGCUCAAAAGAAAGGAUCUUUCAUUAAUCAGAAGAAACACUGUGUUUUGAAAGGUGUUCACCCAUCUCCGUUAUCUGCUCAUCGAGGAUUUUUUGGUUGCCAUCACUUUUCAAAGUGUAAUGAAUACCUACAAAAGCACAACAAGAAAGCCAUUGAUUGGAACAGGUUGCCGUUGGAAACAGAAAAAGAGAGAAUAAAUUCUUUGUAA